GUGCGUGGCCCGGGAUGCGGCGCAGGACAAGUUACAUCCAAGAAAUCUGAUCCCAGAGCUCUGUAAGCAGUUCUAUCAUUUAGGUUGGGUCACAGGAACUGGUGGAGGAAUCAGUUUGAAAUAUGGAGAUGAAAUCUACAUUGCUCCAUCAGGAGUCCAAAAAGAAAGAAUUCAGCCUGAAGAUAUGUUUGUUUGUGACAUAGAAGAACGGGACAUCAGUGGUCCUCCAGCACACAAGAAACUGAAGAAAAGCCAGUGUACGCCUCUUUUUAUGAAUGCUUACACCAUGAGAGGAGCUGGAGCUGUGAUCCAUACUCAUUCAAAAGCUGCUGUCAUGGCAACCCUUCUCUAUCCAGGAAGUGAGUUCAGAAUUACUCAUCAAGAAAUGAUAAAAGGAAUCAAGAAAUGCACAUCAGGAGGGUAUUACAGAUAUGAUGAUAAGUUAGUGGUCCCCAUUGUUGAGAACACCCCAGAAGAGAAGGAUCUCAAGGAACGAAUGGCACACGCAAUGAAUGAAUACCCAGACUCUUGUGCUGUGUUGGUCAGACGUCAUGGAGUUUAUGUAUGGGGAGAAACGUGGGAAAAAGCCAAAACAAUGUGCGAAUGUUAUGAUUACCUGUUCGAUAUCGCAGUACAGAUGAAGCUGCAUGGACUAGAUCCUGGAAAACAUCCAAUUGAAGAAAACGGGAUUGUAUAAAUUACUACAGCAGUUCAAUAUCCCCACCCAUCCAAAACUGCAACAAAAGUGGAAGUGAUUUGUCAACCUUCAAGCAUUUAUAAUUGAGUGCCCUUCUAGUAGAGCAUGCUUUAUGUCUAUCAAUAGGUGAAUUAUAUCUAAAGUGUUUAAUAAUAGCAGAUGGGGGGAAACAGCCCCUGAUCCAUGCAAGCAGACCCAUUUACUUAUGUACACAGCUCAAGUGCAGGAUCAGGGUCAUGCUUAGCAAUCAUGGUGUAGAGAUUCCCUCCCUUCCCACCACCCGUCAGUAGCAGUUGUUGAAUGCUGUUUGAUUAAUUUCAGCAGCCGUGAUGUCACUUUUGUACUUGGACAGAAGAACUGCAGUGGUUUUGGCUCCAUAUUGCCGAGAAGUCAGUGAUUAAUAGUAGUUGAAAUUAUCUGUCUGAAAAUGAAAUGUCAGAUUUUAACGAUCAGAUUAUUAUUUUUGUAACUGUUUAAAUAAACACAUUAAAUUAGUAUCUGUUUU